AUGCUUUCCACGGUGCCAAGCUCACCGACAUCCCGGAUGAGCACCUCACUUCGAUCCUGCUGCGUUGAUCUUUCCUCGUACGAGGUGGUUACAUAUCAGGAGAAAAAAAACAAUGGGUCGCUAACGGGUAAAUCUCUUCUUUCCAACAAACAGCCCGUGGCAAAGAAGAUUGCCAUCGCCAGCGGUGCGGAGAACUUCAACGUGUUGCAGAACAACGGCCGCGCGGCACACCAGAUGGUUGACCAUGUUCACUUCCACGUGAUUCCCAAACCCAACGAAAAGGAGGGUCUCGGUAUCGGCUGGCCUGCCCAGGCGACGGACAUGGAGAAGCUCAAGGCUCUGCACGAGGAACUCAAGGCCAAAUUGGCGUAA